GGGUUAUGUGGUCCCGGUCUGAAUUCGCUGGGAGGCAUAGGAAGGUCCGGACACGAAUUCAGCCAUAUUCCACACUCUUGGCUUGAUAGGUAGCCAGCGGCGCCGGGUUGCAGUAGCUAAAAAGGAGGAUCCACAUACGAAAAGUAGCCUUUCUUUUAACAAUCGUGUUUAAUAUUUUUGUCGUGGAAACAAAAUAGCUGGCUUUUGUGCUUUAGGUCGCAUUCCAAACCGGAUCGAAUGGAAGGUGUAUGAAUCUGAGCUUUGAUCGACGGGAAAACCAGACAUCCCAUAUUAACUGGCAAGUGGGGAUUUUUUAGGAUUAAGGCGAAUGGGCCUCGAAUAUAAGCGAGAGGAACAUGAACACAACGUGAGCAACCGGAACGCGUCGAGCUUGGAAAAAUAAAAACUAAAUUAUUUUAGCUAGUCGAUUUUGUAGGCUACUUAAGCGAGCUAGCAAGCAAGGUAGCUGGCGGCUAACGUUAACGUUAGUUAGCAAGAGGUUUCAGUCUUCGAUUUCCGUGCCCCGUAUUUGCUAAAUAAAUUGCUUUUUUGUUUGCGUAAUUGCGAAGCAGGUUCAUCACUGCGCCCCGUAACAGAUUUUUUGGGGUGUUCUUCAUUCUUGGGGAAAGGGAGUGGUAACUGGUUUAAAGAACAUGUCAGCAAAGGUGAGGCUGAAGAAGUUGGAGCAGUUGCUCCUGGGCGGCCGCCAGAAGAAUGAGACGUCCUUAAGCGUGGAAACACUUCUGGAUAUUUUAAUAUGUUUAUACAACGAAUGUAGCAACUCGCCUUUAAAACGGGAGAAACAUGUGGCGGACUUUCUGGAAUGGGUGAAGCCGUUCACCACCACGGUGAAGCAGAUGAGGCUGCACAGGGACGACUUCGAGAUGCUCAAGGUGAUCGGAAGAGGGGCCUUCGGAGAGGUCGCCGUGGUGAAGAUGAAAAACACCGAGCGCGUGUACGCCAUGAAGAUCCUGAACAAGUGGGAAAUGCUGAAGAGAGCCGAGACCGCCUGCUUCCGUGAGGAGAGGAACGUACUGGUGAACGGGGACUGCCAGUGGAUCACCCGGCUGCACUACGCCUUCCAGGACGACAACUACCUGUAUUUGGUGAUGGACUACUACGUCGGAGGGGACCUGUUGACGCUGCUCAGCAAGUUCGAGGACCGGCUCCCGGAGGACAUGGCCCGGUUCUACGUGGCCGAGAUGGUCCUGGCCAUCCACUCCAUCCACCAGCAGAAUUACGUUCACCGAGACAUUAAACCGGACAACGUGCUGCUGGACCUGAACGGCCACAUCCGCCUGGCUGACUUUGGCUCCUGUCUGAAGAUGAUGGAGGAUGGCACGGUGCAGUCCUCGGUCGCCGUGGGGACGCCGGACUACAUCUCCCCGGAGAUCCUGCAGGCCAUGGAGGACGGGAAGGGGAAGUACGGGCCCGAGUGCGACUGGUGGUCCCUGGGGGUGUGCAUAUACGAGAUGCUGUACGGGGAGACGCCCUUCUACGCCGAGUCGCUGGUGGAGACCUACGGCAAGAUCAUGAACCACGAGGAGCGCUUCCAGUUCCCGUCCCACAUCACGGACGUGUCGGAGGACGCCCGGGACCUGAUCCAGAGGCUGGUGUGCAGCCGGGGCCAGCGGCUGGGCCAGCGCGGCAUCCAGGACUUCCAGGCGCACCCCUUCUUCCGCGGCAUCGACUGGGAGAGCAUCCGCAGCGCCGAGGCGCCCUACGUCCCCGACGUCAGCUCCCCCACCGACACCUCCAACUUCGACGUGGACGAGGACGUGCUCAAGAACCCGGACCUGGGCCCUCCCAUCUCCCACACUGGGUUCUCUGGUCAGCACCUGCCCUUCGUGGGCUUCACGUACACCACAGACAGCCCUUUCUCCGACCGCGGCUGCCUGAACCCGGCCACGCCCGCCGAAGGGGAGGUGGAACCGGACGGGGAGGGAGAAGGGGAGGGAGAGGAGGAGGGGGAGGGCGGCCCCAAGACGCAGGUCUUCGAGAAGAGGAUUCAGCGGCUGGAGCAGGAGAAGAUGGAGCUGAACCGCAAGCUGCAAGAAUCCACCCAGGCUCUGAACGGCUCAGGUAAAGCGAUAGGGACCGUUGGCCGGGACAAGGAGAUGAAGAAGCUGAACGAGGAGAUCGAGCGCCUGAAGAAGAAACUGGCAGAUUCCGACCGGUUGGAACACCAGCUGGAGGAGGCGGUCACCUUGCGGCAGGGGUACGAGAGCUCCGCCUCCAAACUGAAGUCCCUGGACAAACAGGUUGCGGCGCUCGCGCUGGAGAAAGAGGACAUCCAGAAGCAACUGGCGGAGGCGCAGGAGCGGGCGCGGCUGCAGGCGCAGGAGCUGAAGGAGGCGCAGCAGCAGCGCAAGCGGGCGCUGCAGGAGUCGUCGGAGCAGAGCGAGCGCGCCACCGAGCUGCGCUCGCACAAGCAGCGGCUCGCCCGCCAGCUCCGCGACAAGGAGGAGGAGAUGGACGCCACGCUGCACAAGAUGGACGCCAUGCGGCAGGACAUCCGCAAGACCGAGAAGGCCCGCAAGGAGGUGGAGGCGCUGCUGGAGGACUCCAAGGCGGAGGCGUCCAAGGAGCGCAAGCUGCGGGAGCACAGCGAGUCCUACUCCAAACAGCUGGAGAGAGAGCUGGAGAAGAUGAAGCAGGGGAGCAGGCGGGGGUCGGGCCUGGGCCCGGAGACGCAGCAGGAGCUGUCCAGGGCCAAGUCGGACCUGGACAAGAAGGUGCUGUUCUACGAGGAGGAGCUGCUCCGCCGCGAGGCCUCCCACUCCAGCGAGCUGAAGAACCUCCGCAAGGAGCUGCAGGAGGCCGAGGCCCAGCACGCCUCCCUGCAGAAGGAGCUCACCCUGCUCAGGGACAAGCUGGAGAAGACCGAGCGGGAGAGGCAAAGCGAAAUGGACGAGGCGCUGGCCAACCUCAAGGAGAAAUACGACCGGGAACGGGACAAUCUGACCGAGGACAACCGCAGGCUGACCAGCGAGACCGACAGGCUGUGCACGUUCGUGGACAAGCUGACCGCGCAGAACCAGCAGCUGGAGGACGAGCUGCAGGACCUGGCCGCUAAGAAGGAGAGCGUGGCGCACUGGGAGGCCCAGAUCGCGGAAAUCAUUCAGUGGGUGAGCGAUGAGAAGGACGCCCGGGGCUACCUCCAGGCCCUGGCCACCAAGAUGACCGAUGAGCUGGAGUCACUACGGAGCUCCAACCUGGGCUCCCGGACACUGGAUCCCCUGUGGAAGGUGCGUCGCAGUCAGAAGCUGGACAUGUCGGCCCGGCUGGAGCUGCAGUCGGCGCUGGACGCGGAGAUCCGGGCCAAGCAGCUGGUGCAGGAGGAGCUCCGCAAAGUCAAGGGAACCAACAUCUCCUUCGAGAGUAAACUGAAAGAGGCGGAGGCCAAAAACCGGGAGAUGGCGGAUCAGCUGGAGAGCGUGAAGAAGGAGCUGGAGGAGAGCCGGACCCGGACAGACAAAGGGUUAAAGCUUCCCAGCUUUCAGGAUUCUCUGUUUGAUUACUUCAGCACCUCCCCCUUCUCCCAGGACCUGACCAGGUCCAGCUCCGUCAGCGAGUCUCCCAAGUCCGACAUCCCCUCCAGGUCAUCGAGGACCUCCGAGCAGGACGAGCCCCUGAAGUCCCCCUCAGCUGCCCCUGUGGCCACACCCCCUGCGUACCAGUCAUCGCUGAAGUCCUCCCCAAAGCCCAAAGCGCAUCAGCUGAGCAUCAAGACCUUCUCCAGCCCCACCCAGUGCAGCCACUGCUCCUCCCUGAUGGUGGGCCUCCUCCGUCAGGGCUACGCCUGCGAAGUGUGCUCCUUCAUCUGUCACGUGUGCUGCAAGGACAGCGCCCCCCAGGUGUGCCCCAUCCCCCCGGAGCAGGCCAAGAGGCACCUGGGCGUGGACAUGCAGAGGGGGAUCGGCACGGCCUACAAGGGCUUCGUCAGGGUCCCGAAGCCCUUGGGGGUGAGGAAGGGCUGGCAGAGGGCCUACGCUGUGGUGUGCGACUGCAAGCUCUUCCUGUACGACGUGCCUGAGGGCAAAGCCACCCAGCCCGGCGUGGUGGCCAGUCAGGUGCUGGACCUCAGAGACGAGGAGUUCACCGUGAGCUCCGUGCUGGCCUCGGACGUCAUCCACGCCACGCGCAAGGACAUCCCCUGCAUAUUCAGGGUGACGUCGUCGCUGCUGAGCUCGCCGCGGCGCUCGGCGUCCCUCCUGGUGCUGGCCGAGAGCGAGGCGGAGAAGCGCAAGUGGGUGGGCAUCCUGGAGGGGCUGCAGACCAUCUUCGCCAAGAACAACCUGAAGCUGCGCCCGGCGCUCAGCCUGCGGGAGGCCUACGACAGCAGCCUGCCCGCCAUCAAGACCGCGCUGUCGGCCGCCGUCGUGGACCGGGAGCGCGUUGCCCUGGGAACGGAGGACGGCCUCUACGUGAUCGAAGUCAACAAAGACGUCAUCGUCCGGGCGACCGACUCCAAGAAGGUGCAGCAGAUCGAGCUGAUCCCCAAGGAGCGGCUGGUGGUCCUGCUCUGCGGGCGCAACCGCCACGUCCACCUGCACCCGUGGGGGGCGCUGGAGGGCGCCGAGGCCGCCUUCGACAUCAAGCUGGCCGAGACCAAGGGCUGCCAGGCGCUGGCGGCGGGGUGCCCCCGGCCCGGCGCCCCCUCCUGCCUGCUGGCGGGCGUCAAGCGGCUGGUGCUGUGCUACGAGGCCGGGGGGCCCCGCCCGCACCACCGCAAGCUGUGGGAGGUGCAGGCGCCGGGCGUGGUCCAGUGGCUGGGCUUCCUGCGCGGGCGCGUCUGCGUGGGCUACCCGUCGGGCUUCGCCCUGCUCAGCCUGCAGGGGGAGUCGUCGCCCGUCAGCCUGGUCAACCCCACCGACACGUCGCUGUCCUUCCUGGGCCAGCAGCCGCUGGACGCCCUGCACGCCCUGGAGGUGGGCGCCGGGGAGCACCUGCUCUGCUUCAGCCAGCUGGGCGUCUACGUGGACCUGCAGGGCCGGCGCUCCCGCUCCCAGGAGCUCAUGUGGCCGGCCACGCCCCUCGCCUGCAGCUCCAACUCCACCUUCCUGAGUGUCUACAGCGACUAUGGCAUCGACGUCUUCAACAUCAACACCAUGGACUGGGUCCAGACCCUCUCUCUGAGAAAGAUUCGGCCUCUGAAUUUGGACGGCAGCCUGAACCUGCUGGGCUCGGAGCAGCCGCACCUCGUGUACAGCAGCAGCUCCUCCUCAGAGGGUCCUGACCUGGCCAUUCCCGAGACGUCUGAUAACAGCAAGAAGGUGAUGAUGAGAACGCGCAGCAAGAGGAAGUUCCUCUUCAGAGUGCCUGAUGAAGAGCGUCUUCAGCAGAGGAGAGAGAUGCUGAGGGACCCAGAACUCAGGUCCAGGAUGAUCUCCAACCCCACCAACUUCAGCCACGUGGCACACGUGGGCCCUGGAGACAGCAUGCAUGUCCUGAUGGACCUGCCCCUGGUAAGGGCGCCCCCUGCAGGCCCGGGGGAGGCUCAGUGCGAAUCCCCCCUCCCCUCCCCCUCCCGACCCCACCCCCUAAUUUCUCCUCCGACCAACUUUGAGCACGUCUAUCACAUGACUCCCAUCAGCGCCGAGCUCUAUCUGCAGAAAGAGCCUGCCUCCCUGCCUGGCCUGCCGCAGAUCUCCUCCUCCUCCUCCUCUCCUUCGACUUCCUCUUUAGGAAGGGUAGGCUUGCCCCCUUGCCAGGAUGAAUCCAGGGAGAGGACUCGGCCUGCCUCUGUUCUUUCGCGGCAGCAGAGGAGCAGGUCCUACAUGCCCCGCACUACCUCUGGAAGCUUAGACUAUGGCGGUGCAGGGCUGUCUCGGAAUGUCUGGGAUCCAGACCUGGAAUUUGAUAGAGAGCCGGACUCGGACUCCACCAAGCACUCCACCCCCUCCAACAGCUCCAAUCCCAGCAGCCCCCCUAGCCCCAACUCGCCCCACCGGAGCCAGCUGACCCUGGACGGGGUCGACCCCGCGACCCUGGACGGCUGAUGAGGCCCCGCCCGCUCAGCCGUGAGCUCCCUCUGCCCGAAGGCCGCCGACGAAAGACUCUGGCUCUCAUUACCCACACACCCCCCCACCCCACCCCACCCCCACCCGACCCCUUCCCCGCCAAAUUAAUUUUAUCAUCCCGACCCGAUAGAAGCGUGGCUACUCAGGUUGCGGUGGCCCACGCCACCAAAGUACUGAUAACGAGCUCCCCCCGCUAGUGCCACUGCCACCAAUGGCCUUCAGCUGGGCGGGGCUUAUUUCCAUCAUGUGCUGUGGUCAGUUAGCUCGCUCGACGGCUGCCUCUCUCAGCGCUCCGGCUGCUUUUAAACAAUGCGCUUUUUAUCACUGCCAGUGAGGAGGCGGGUCUCAGGGUGCUCGGACCGAGACAGUGUUUAGCCAAUCCCCUCAGACCCUCUCUAUCAGCAGAAACUGCACCCUCUGCAGGCCAGAAAAUGUCAUUUCAGCUACAGCACAUGGAGCUUAACACCCCAUCGCAGUGUAACCGGUGCAGUUCUUUUUUUGGUUUUUACAUAUGCUUAGAUCAUGAAUAAAGGGAGGCCAGUACUGAAGUGUAAUAAUAAUAAUAAUAAUGGUAAUGAAAUGUCCUAAUUAUAGAUACAAAAAAGUGAAAGAACGGCUGUGUAUAUUUUUUUAAUGUAUAGUAUUUUUAUGGAGACGAUUGCUCCAGAUGGUGAGCCAAGUUAGAGAUGCGUUAGGAGGGGAUGUGAUCGUUUCCCGGGUGCACAUCCCCUGCACCCCCAAUCCUGCUCCCUCUUCUCCUGCUUAACCCCGCCCCUCCCCCCCCCUUUCUGCCACCACACUCCCCAGAACUGUGGUGUGGGUGUCCAUGGGCAGAUUGCACCAUUGUACAUAAAGCAUAUACGCUCCACCAGUGUACAUACAGAAUAUACGCUUUACUAAGAGGGACUGUUUUUAGGACCCUUGGUUCUCGGUAAGCCUUUGCUAAUUUUAUCUCGCCUGCAGGUGAUACACCUGUUGCCAAAAAAAAUAAAAAAUAAAAAAUGUAAACAGAAUGCCAGCUAAGGAAUUUGUAAAUGCCGACCAUUUAAGCCAGGAGGAACGUCACUACAUCCUUCCUAGGUUCAUACUAGCUCCCCCAAGAGGCAGCUGCUUUUGUUUGUCACAUGAUUAUACGCAGAAGGACCCGUGGCACGACUCGCAAUCUUUCACGCAUUCGCCUGUGCAACACCCACUGUGGCCAUUAAUCCACCUGGCCACAAGGUGGUGCUGUUGUGACCUUUUCGCUUCUUGAAUUAAGAAUUAAUCGGCGUGUUUGCGGACACAUUUCUGGACGGACAUGUGUAAAAGGGCGUGAAUUGCAUACCUAGUUACUCACACACGUGCCUUCGUUGCCAGUUGUAUAACAGUUCUGCGUUUCAGUAACAUUACAGGCUAGAUGUAUCGUACAAAUGCUGGUCAUCGCGGGGAGUUUCCGGAAAACGUACCGAACUUUAACAUUUUAUUUUGGGAGAGCCCUUGGUUGUUUCACAGGAAUACUUACUUAUUUUUACCCCUCCCGUCCUCCCCUUUCAGCUUCUAAAAUGGGACUUUAUUCAUCAAGAUGGGACUGCUUUUCUGUUUUUUUAAAUCAUGUUUAAAUCUUUGUAAUUUUGGAAUUAUGAGCAAAAUUUUGGACGGACAAUAAAAAGGAGGGACGUACCUGUCA